UGAAAAUGGCAUCCGAGCUGGAUGCGACCGUUUUGAAAAGAACCCAAAGUUCCCUCGGCAAGUUUGUGAAGCGACCCGCGCUGACGGAAAAGUUGCUACGAAAACCACCGUUCCGGUUUCUUCACGACAUUGUGCACGCGAUCAUUCGGGAGCAUGGAUCGCUGGACGGGCUGUACACGGCGGACGAACUGAACUCGGACAACAUUAAGGAUCGGGACUCGAAAAUGGCGUUCCUACAGAAGCUCAUCGAUGUCGUUAAAUUGAUAACUGGCCGUGAGCUAAAAGUUCGUCCUUCGAAAAUUGUUGCCGGGCUGGAACCGGAACGUACCAACGAGUUGCUGCAGGCGCUGGCAAGCAUAUUGGAGGAGAAACUAAGCACAACCGAAAUAGUGCGACACUAUUUAGGCGACAAUCCAACAACGACCAAUGGAGUCAAUGGCUCUGGCCCGAACGCCGGGCCGGAAACAAAUGGCACCAAAGGGGAAACACGCGAGGAAGGUAAAAAAUCCAAACAAGAAAGGGUGAAAGAAAAGCCUAAAGAGAAUGAAGCAACAGCGGUGGAUCCAAGACGAAAGGAUAAGAAUGGUAAAAUGAAGGAAAAGGAAGUGCUUAAGAAUGGCACAACCGUUAAGCAGGUGGAAAAGGCAAAAACGAAACAAAAUGGUACAAAAGUGCAGCCUAACGAUUCCGCCAAAAAGAAGAGCGACAAACCGAGCAAAGGAAAGGAGAAAGAGAAAACGGUCAAACGUAUCUCCUCCAUCCCGGAGGAACCGCAACCACCGGCUGUGCCGGAAAAGGUGACACCAGCGCGACCGGAAGCGACAGCGAACGGCACCGAAUCGAUGGUAAACGGUGGAAAUGCCCCGGAAAGCCGGAAGCGAAGAGAUUCAAUCAAAGAGUUCGGCGAGCCGGUGACACUGUCCGACGCCAAUGGUGAGGCAUCGGGUGAGGAGGAGCACGAGAAGCGCAGACAGCAGCCCGGCAGCAACAGCAGCAGCCGACGAUCGUCACUGAAAAAGCAAAACAGCUUAACGCCUAGCGAAAACAACGCCCUCUCGGAGAUGAACCAGUUUAAUGGGCUGCAAAGCUCGCUCAGCAGACAGGACAGCAACGGUGCACUGGUCGGGCAGGAUGCACUGGCCGGGCCGGAUGACGUAGCUGCCACCUCGGACGGGUCGUCCCAGCAGCGGAUGGCAGAAGUUACGGUAACAGUUGCGGCACCGGUUGAGUCGAAAGCGUCCGCAGUGAAACCUCCGAUGCAUCGCCAGCAGUCGGUCGAGACGGUGAUGAGACCACGGACCAGCUUGAGACCGCCGAGCGUGAGGCCACCGUCGGCCCGGCCCGGUGCGCCGCGCCGGAAAGAAAAGAACGUCGAGGUCAUACUGCAGCCGAACGAGACGCAAAAGCUGGGCGAAAUCAACGUAAAGAUGGAAGUGUUCAACAGCGAGCUGCUGGACGACGAUGGGGAGAACUUGAUCGUGAUCGAGGAUCCGACCACCGUGUCCGAAGGGCUCGUGUACGGCAGGGCGGGCGAAUCGCCGGGCGGAGCGGCCGACGAGACGGCACUGCUGCAGUCCGCCGAGCAGGAGGAGCAGCAGGGCCAUCUGGUGCAGCAGAUACUGGAAACGCAGAAGGAGUUCUCCACACACACCGGCACGGACAGCGAGCUGCUAAGGAAGGCGGAUAUGGAAUGGACCGCCGGGCAGCGGCAAUCGUCCGCCAGACAGAUGGAGUCGCUGCGUGAAUCCAUCCAGAAGCUGACGCGCUCCGUUAAUCCGCUCGGGAAGUUGAUGGAUUUCAUCCAGGAGGACAUCGAUUCGAUGGAGCGUGAGCUGGCCAGCUGGCAACAGAUCUACACCCAAUCCAUGGUGGAGCUAAACAAGGAGCGAAGUGCCACGGAGAACGCCAUCGAACCGCUCAAACAGCAGUUGUCGCAAAUCGAAGUCAACAUCAAAGAGUACCGCGACAUGAUCGACACCACGCGGGCCAACAUACUGCAGAACGAGGCCAAGAUCGAGCGGCUGUACAUGACGGAAAUUUAGCAAAACGAUCGCCCUAACGUCUCCUCCACGAUCAUGCGAGGACAGGGAUGAUGGGGGGGAUGAGAGCGCGAGCGAUCGUUGUUUUGCAACACGUUUUCACGGAUUUUCUUUUUACUGUUCAACUCCACCACCACAAGUGUCCUCUUCUUAACAAAUCAAACUGGAAAAUUUGGACGAAAUACAUUAGUGUGUCCAGCACGCCCUUGAA